UCAAUCUGUCAUUGACUACAAACUUUUCUGUAGUUUAAAUAAUAAAGAUAAUUUCAUAUGCUUUCAGUCUCAGAGACGCUCAGGUCAGAUUAAAUGUCUCUGAUGUCUCCUCUUCUCUUCACGGAUCUUAUAAAUUGUCCCCUGGAUGAACUCAUCAGUCAGGUCGUCUCCAUAGCAACAGGACGGACUCCAGGUCCCAGAGUUCCGUGCGGCUCGGCGGGUGGGGCGGACCUGUGAGGGGGAGUGUCCUCCAUCAGUCAGCCCGCUGAGGAGAGACGGUGAGCGGCUCAGACCUCCACCUUCACCGGACAUCUGAGCCUGUGCAGGCGGGCGGAGGAGGACCAGCGUUUCCGGCUGUCUGACCCGGUUCUGUCUCCGCUCUCCGGGGCUUUGUUUUCGGUCUCGGUGUUUACCGGCGGACGGUGUGCGUGAUGACGGACGCGGUGGAGUGCGGGGUGUGCGGGGUGAAGGUGAUGUGUCGCUUCAGGCCGCUGAACGACGCGGAGCGAAGCCGCGGAGACAAAUUCAUCCCCAAAUUCAACGGAGAGGACACGGUGGUGGUGGCGGGGAAGCCGUAUGUGUUCGACCGAGUCCUUCCUCCAAACUCAGAGCAGGUUCAGGUGUACGACACCUGCGCCAGGCAGAUCGUUAAAGAUGUGUUGGGAGGAUAUAACGGGACCAUCUUUGCUUACGGUCAGACGUCGUCAGGAAAGACUCACACCAUGGAGGGGAACCUGCAUGACCCGCAGCUGAUGGGAAUCAUCCCUCGUAUCUCCAGAGACAUCUUCGACCACAUCUACUCCAUGGACGAGAACCUGGAGUUUCACAUCAAGGUCUCUUACUUUGAAAUCUACCUGGAUAAGAUCAGAGACUUACUGGACGUGUCGAAGACAAACCUGGCUGUUCACGAGGACAAAAACAGGGUUCCAUUUGUCAAGGGCUGCACAGAGCGUUUUGUUUCCAGUCCUGAUGAAGUGAUGGACGUCAUCGACGAGGGGAAAGCUAACAGACACGUGGCCGUCACCAACAUGAACGAGCACAGCUCUCGCAGUCACAGCAUCUUUCUGAUCAACAUCAAGCAGGAGAACGUGGAGACGGAGAUGAAGCUGUCGGGGAAACUUUACCUGGUCGACCUGGCAGGCAGCGAGAAGGUGAGUAAAACAGGAGCAGAAGGCGCUGUGUUGGACGAAGCCAAGAACAUCAACAAGUCUCUGUCUGCUCUCGGCAACGUCAUCGCUGCUCUGAGUGAAGGAACUAAAACCCACGUCCCGUACAGAGACAGUAAGAUGACUCGGAUCCUGCAGGACUCUCUGGGAGGAAACUGUCGAACCACCAUCAUCAUCUGCUGCUCUCCGUCUGUUUACAACGAGGCUGAGACCAAGUCCACCCUCAUGUUCGGACAGAGAGCUAAAACCAUAAAGAACACAGUGUCAGUGAACCUGGAGCUGACGGCUGAGGAGUGGAAGAAGAAGUAUGAGAAGGAGAAGGAGAAGAACCAGAGACUGAACGUGGUGAUACAGAAACUGGAGAACGAGCUGAAACGCUGGAGGAAAGGUGAGUCUGUACCUGUGGAGGAGCAGCUGAGCGGCAGAAACAAGAAAGGCGGCAGCAGCAGCAACGAGGCGACGGUGGUGAUUGACAGCUUGGCCCCGCCCCCUGUCCCUCUGUCAGAUGGAGAGAAGAUGCAGUACGAGACGCUCAUCACCGACCUGUACCAUCAGCUGGACGACAAGGAUGAGGAGAUCAAUCAUCACAGUCAGACGGCCGAGAAACUCAAACAGCAGCUGAUGGAUCAGGAUGAGCUGCUGCUGUCGAGCCGUCAGGACUACGAGCGUGUUCAGGACGAGCUGUCACGUCUGCAGAGGGACAGCGACUCGGCCAAAGAGGAGGUGAAGGAGGUGCUGCAGGCGCUGGAGGAGCUCGCCGUCAACUACGACCACAAGAGCCAAGAGGUGGAGAACAAGAACCGCUGCAACGACCAGCUGAACGAGGAGCUGGCACGCAAAACUGUGAGUCUGGAGACAGUUCAGAGGGAGUUCUCCACCCUGCAGGAGAUCAGCGCUCAUCAUAAGAAGAGGUCGGCAGAGAUCCUCGGUCUGCUGCUCAGAGACCUCAGUGAGAUCGGAGGCGUCCUCGGUACCACCGACCUCAAAGCUAUGACGGAGACGAGCGGCGUGAUGGAGGAGGAGUUCACCACAGCUCGCCUCUACAUCAGUAAGAUGAAGUCGGAGGUCAAAUCUCUGGUGAACCGCAGCAAACAGCUGGAGAUCAACCUGACGGAGAACCUCAGCAGGAUGGAGGCCAGCGAGAAGGAGCUCAACACCUGUCAGCUGCUCGUCUCACAGCACCAGGCGAAGGUUGUGUCUCUGACAGACGACCUGAUGAAGGUGGAGCAGAAGAAGAGGAAGCUGGAGGAGAGUCAGGACUCUCUGAUGGAGGAGGUCGCCAAACUCCAGGCUCAAGGUCAAAUGCAGGAGGUGCACGUGAUGGACAAAGAGAAGGAGCACAUGAGCCGACUGAAGGAUGCAGUUGAGAUGAAGAGAACCCUGGAGGAACAGAUGGAGAACCACAGAGAGGUUCAUCAGAAACAGCUGAGUCGCCUCCGAGACGAGAUCGAACACAAGCAGAGAAACGUCGACCAACUCAAAGAUGUGAAUCAGGCUCUGCAGCUGGAGAACAGGAAGCUUCAGUCUGACUACGACAAACUGCGAGCUGAGGAUCAGAACAAAGGCCAGAAGCUUCAGAAGCUGAUGUUCCUGAAUGAGAAGCGGGAACAAGCCAAAGAGGACCUGAAGGGUCUGGAGGAGACCGUGGCCAAAGAGCUUCAGACGCUGCACAAUCUCCGUAAAGUCUUCAUCGAGGACAUCAGCACUCGAGUCAAGAGUAGUUCUGAGAACGACUGUGACGAGGCCGGUGGCAGUUUGGCUCAGAGACAGAGGAUCGUCUUCUUAGAAAACAACCUGGAGCAGCUCAGCAAGGUCCACAAACAGCUGGUGCGAGACAACGCUGACCUUCGCUGCGAGCUGCCCAAGCUGGAGAAGCGUCUGCGGGCCACAGCAGAGCGAGUGAAAGCUCUGGAAUCUGCCCUCAGGGACGCCAAGGCAUCGGCCAUGCGGGACCGCAAACGCUACCAACAGGAGGUGGACCGGAUCAAAGAGGUGGUGCGGUCCAAGAACGUCUCCAGGAGAGUGCACUCUGCUCAGAUAGCCAAGCCAAUCAGAGCUGGACAUCAGCACCAUCAGCACCCAUCCUCCUCUCCCACCGUCAGACCAACCAUCCGAGGAGGAGGUGCGACGGCCAGUCCACGUCAUCACUCCCCCCGGCAGCAACCGCAUCAGCCACAGCAGCAGCAACCUCAUCAGAGCCUCAGCAAGUAAGCUGAAGGUAGCAGACGACUCCAGAUCAGUUUCCUUUUCUGUGGAUCUUUGGAUUUCUGAACUCUCCUUCUCUCACCACUCUGCCUUUACUGGAACCAGUCUCCUCGUUUCUACUACUUUCCACCUUAAAAGCCAUUCCACCUUAACAGCCAACAAGUGCAUUCUUUCCUCCUCAAAGUCUGUUACUGCCUGACUGUCUUUUCUUAUCCAGACAGAAUCUCAGUCAGCUCUGGUGCUCCGAAUCUGUUCAUUAGCCGGGAUAAAUUAAUAGUUUAAAGUGUUAGAUAAUGAGUUCAAUGUGUUAAAUGAGUUUAAGAACGAGUUAAAUCAGUUAACUUUGGGUUUCUACCUGAAGUUAACAGGAGUUGGAUGAUAAUGACUUUAAUGUAGACUAAUGUUGUGUCUCUGUUAUCUUGGUACCAAGUUGAUAAAUGUGUUGUUAUGGGGAAAAAAAAUACAUUUAUUCAUAUUAAUUUAUUUUAUUAAUUAUUAUUAAAAAUACUGUGACAAUAACAAAUUAGGAAUGAUGCAAAUAAGUAAGCAGGCUCCUGCAGGGAAAUCUAAAUUAUGAGAUACUGAGUCAACUUUACAGCCUUUAGGUCCAAAUUAUGGCACAAUAUUUAGAUUUAGAUUUAGAUUUAGAUUCGCUGAAAGGCUCCACAAGUUACUGUAGUUCAAUGUUCAAAUCAAUCACUAGAAUAAUUGUUGGAAAUUUCCUUUUUCACCAGCCACGGACAUGUUAAAGGUUACGUUUCCUUAAGUUAUAAUUACAUUUUUUUGUGACAAUGCUCUUCUUAUAUUCUAGUUAGGUUUAGGCACUCAAACCACUUGGUUAAAGUUGUUUUGGCUUAAAAUCUCCAGUGGUUUCACAUGUAAAAUUAUGUACGCAAUUAAAAUCCCUGGUUCUGUCACCACAAACACACUGGAAAAUGUCUCAACUUCUAGUAAAAAACAUAUCCAGUGGUUUCACACUUAGAAGGGUUGAAACAUUUCACACAGUGGUUUCUGGCUCAAUAGCUUCCUCACCAAAAUCCACUUAGUCAGGUCCACGAAAAGAUCAUGUUGUGGCUUAAAUUACUAUUUUCUGCAGCCAAAAACAUGAAAACAUGAAAAUGUCCAACAUCCAAUUAAAAAUACCCAGUGGUUUCACGCUUACAGUUGUUGAAACACUUGCUCGAAUGGUCUCUGGCUUGGCAGCCCUCUUCUGCCACCACAAACACAGCUGGAAAGUGACCUGACAUCUGGUUUAAAGUGCUCAGUGGUUUCCUGCUAACUGAAGUUGAAACCCUGGCUGAACAGUGGUCUCUGGCUUGGCAGCCAUCUUGUGCAGAAUCAUUGACUCAUUUUUCACUUUGACAUAAUAUCUCAUAAUUUUCACUGAUGGUGAAAUAGUUGCUUAUAAGGAUGACAUGAGAGUUUUGUGCUCGCAGCUGUAUGUACAAUAUUAUUGUAUAUUUCAUCCACAGUAUUUAUGUAUCAGUAAAGACUUUACAGAACUAUUCAUGAAUGACUGAGACACAGUUAGUCUACAUCACAUUGGAGCUCCAUCUAUGUUCUGAUGAAUGUUUACAACUUUUUUUAGUAUUAUGUUUUUAACUUUUUACAGUUUACACUGUUAAAGAUUUAAAAAAUGAAUAAAUGCAGGCUUCUUUCUAUUGAUGUUCACAGUUCAUCAUCAGAAAACUGUUACCGCCAGGAAAAUAAAUACAUGAACAGUUAGGAACGAUAAAAUUAAAGUCAUGAAGAACUAACUGGUCACGUGGAAGUGUCUUAGUAAGAAGGUAAUAAUUAGUUCAAUAAUUAGAGAUUUAAUUAUUAUUCAGCUUCCCCUCAGCAGGUUCUACAUCAAAGACACUUCCCAUACUUACCUUUGGAUAACUAUAAUUCAGUUCAGGAAAUUUAGAAGAAUUUCUUCAAAGCUGACUGAUCUGCUGAAGCGUAUGAUGGCAUGAUGAGCAGAAAUAUCAGCUAUUUAUUACAUUCUUAAUGCUUGUGAAAGAACAGGAUAUUAUAAUUACAUCAUAUCAGGGUAAUUUUCAAUAGAUUUUAAGGUAUUUAUUUUAGGAAUCUGGUGAUAAAAUCAGAGAAAGUGCAUAAACAUACAUUAGUUGAUAAUUAUGAAAUGAUGUUUUAUGGAAUAAUGUCUAAUUGUCUGUCCACUGUUGGGAAAUAAAAUCUGUUAUAAGAGUAAAAUGUUGAGACUUCCAGUCAGAAUUUAUAAAACAUUACAGUAUUAAGAGACGUCGUCACGGUUUUGCAAGAAAUAAUUGUGAUACUGAGGUGUAAUACAAAUGUUUUCACUCACUCACUAAAAAAUACAAUAAAUUCUCAACAUAUUCUUCAUCUUACACAAUUAUGACUGGAAAAAAAACCUCCUUAAAAAUGAAUAUAUUCAAUAUUAUCAUGAUAAUAACAUAAUAAUAAUUGUUUGACAUCUUUUCCUCUCAUAACAUUUUGACUUUCGUCACAGUGGCUGAUGUCUUAUUUUGACUUUAUUUGCCAUAAUUAUGAUGAUAAUAUAUAAAUAGAAACAAAUAAAACAGCCGCAGUCGGUCGUCCAAAAAACAUUCCUGAUACAUUAUAAUAUAAUAGUUACUGAAUCAUUUCUAAGUCUUAUCAAGAUAUAAAUAAUUUGUUAUUCCUGACGUUUCAUGAAGUUUUAAUUUUCCUGGACUGAAUGUUUUAUAACGCAGACGUUGAUUGUGUUUUUUUUAAUAUUUGAUAUGUAUUUCACGGGUGUUUCUAUUGAUUCAGUUUUUUGACUUUUUCUUACUUUUUCGGACAGUAUUCAUGAGCUCAGAGUGUUUCUAUCUGUAAUAUUUCUACAAACUAAAUCGGUGUUGAGCUGCUGCUGUGUUUCAUUGUAAGUUGUAGCUGGAUUCAUCUGAACGCAUCGUGAACUUCACGUGUCUGAGAAGCACAGCGUCUCUGUUGCACCACAGUGUUUGUCUG